CCAGUGUUCGCAACACUUUUUGUAUGUCGAAGUUGUGACCACUCAGAUUUUGGCACAGAUAGAUCGGCCAAGCUGCGCUGUCGGUGGACUUCGACUUUGAUCGAAGCGCAUUCUCCAGCCGAGUGAUUCAGGCGACAUCUUUUCCAUCCCAGAAUGCGACAUGUCUGACCACGCAGUUUUGCAAAGCGACUGCGUGAUUGAAAGUUUGCUCUUGAGCAAAACCGAGGCUGAAUUUUUCAGGUCGGUAGAUGGGACGUCAAUUUAAAGAGUGUAUCGCGCGACCUGAUUUGCCGGGCCUGGGCGCGCUGCCAAUCGCCCAGUCAUUGGAUGAUGAGAGCGGCUUGAAACCUUCGAGUACUUUUACCUUUGAGGCCAGCAUGUAAGACGGGCAAUCAUGAUUCGGCCAGCGAAUCCAUUGCCCCUCUGGCGACCGCUGCAGUCGGGCCUGCGACUGUGUUGUCCACGGCGGUGGACUUCGACGGAGGCAAAAGCGCCACAGAGCCGAGUUGCUCGCAUCAAUUCACGGCUACCGCGCUUCCUUCGCCGCUUCACUGUGCCUUUGGCCGACGCGCCAAUCUCUCACAUUACCUCCUUUCUCAUCCUGCACGAACUCACAGCCGUCGCCCCCCUUCUCGGCUUCUUUGGCGCCUUCCACUACUUCGAUUAUCUGCCACCCUUUCUCACCGAGGGCGCGUGGGUCAAAGAGGGCAUCGAAAAGUUCGGGAACUAUUUCCGACGGAAAGGCUGGCUGGGUGACGAGGAUAGUCGUCGAGACACGGGCUGGCGCUAUGGUGAGGGUGCAACCAGAGUUCUGGUAGAAGUUGGCGCCGCGUGGGCGCUCACCAAGGCCCUGCUUCCUUUGAGGUUGAUAGUGAGUGUCUGGGCGACUCCGUGGUUCGCCCGAUGGUUUGUUCUGCCUAUCGCUGGCCGGUUUGCCAGCUUGUUUGGGAGAAGGAAGGCUGCCGUGAUGUCGGCGCAAGGCAAGGCUGCCGGUACUGGGGCCACUGCUGCUGGUUCAGUGACAAAGAAUACUACGACAUGAAGAAUCCAUCUUUGAUAUCAUGGCUAGCCAUGCGAGCGAAGAGGUCGGGCCGGUGGGAAGGCGAAGAAAAGAAGCCAUCCCAGUCAGAAACGACUCGUAGAAAACGAGAACACAAGAUUAGAAAUUACAACGAGCAUUUUUUUGCCAUUAACUAGCGUUAUUUCAUUUAUUUCCUG